GGUUAUCUUGAUCAGAGUCACAGGGUCCCAGGGAAGGGGAAACAGAAUGCCCAUGAGCUCACUGUAACAUGCAGAGACAACCAGAAAUCUGGACACUGUUUGAUGUGUGAAAUCAUUCACUUUUUGGGCAGUGGGGAGAUGGCCACAAAUCCUUCUUUAUGUUAGGAGGUGUUUGGAGCAGUGUGGCUCCAGCUGAGGAUGUCCCAGGUAAAUCUGCAGCCUCUUUGCUGUACAGAUGUCUCCAUUGAGAGCUUUCAAUACAGAGCUGGUCUUUGCAAUCCUCUGAUGUCUGCUCUGAGCACUUGUUUAUUGUUCCUUAACUGCAUCCUUCACUGCACGGGAGCAUUGCCUGAUGAAUACCCUGUGCCCUCCUUACAAAUGGGGUGAGUCUCUAAGAGCCAGCAAGGAUUCCUUCUUGUUUAACAAGCUUGGAAGGGAGGGAGCAGCCAAAUUACCACCCGUCCUUGGCAGGGGGCUGCAUGUUUUGAGUGCAUUUGGCAGAGUUUUGGUGUUCUGACUCAGCAAAUGGUAACAAAGGGAGGAUGGCGAAGCCUUCCUUUAUUCCAUAAUCCUGUUUGCUUUUCUGGAAAUCGGCUAUAGCCUCAGAAUCACUGACUCAAUUUUUGGAUCCUAUUCUCAUGACAAAGCGGCUGUCUGGUUUAAAACAAGCCCGUUAUAAAAAGGGCACCUCAGAUCCUGGCUGUUUGUAACAGCUGCUGACAUUCCUCCAGCACAGGGGAGCUUGGCUGGAACGGAAAAUGUCCAGAGCUGGAACCAAGGUCACCUUCUAUGAAGACAAGAACUUCCUCGGCCGUUACUACGAGUGCGACAGCGACUGCCCCGAUUUCCACUCCUACCUGAGCCGCUGCAACUCCAUCCGUGUGGAUGGAGGCACCUGGGUGGCCUACGAGAGACCCAACUAUGCUGGGAACAUGUAUGUGCUGAGCCACGGGGAGUACCCCGACUACCACCACUGGAUGGGCCUCAACGACCGCCUGGGCUCCUGCAAGUACAUCCAGAUCCCAAGCGGAGGCCGAGGCCACAUCCAGGUGUUUGAGAAGGGAGACUUUGGCGGGCAGAUGUUCGAAGCCACCGAAGACUGCCCCUCCAUCAUGGAGGAGUGGCACAUGCGUGAGGUGCACGCCUGCAGGGUGCUGGAGGGCGUCUGGGUGUUCUACGAGCAUCCCAACUACCGGGGCCGGCAGUACGUGCUGCCCAAGGGCGAGUACCGCAAGCCCGUGGAGUGGGGCGCGGCCAGCCCCGCCGUGCAGUCCUUCCGCAGCAUCUCCGAGUGAGCCAGCCCCGGCAACACCCUGCACACCCCCAAUAAAGCAACUGAGUCGCUCA